GGGUACCAAGCGCGCGUCCGUGAAGCCUCUCCUUCACCCAACAGAGACUCCGGGCCCCGGAACUGACUGCGGAACUGCUUCGUACACAAAUUAAAUUGAAAAAAAAAAAAAAAAAAUGCCAGAUGUCACGGUGUUUUUGUCAUGUUUGUUGUUUUUUAUUUCAAUUUUGCGUCCAGGGAUCGGGGCAGAAGUGUCCUUGUGGAAUGUCGACAUCAACUCAUCGCAAAAUGCCGUCUUCAGGAAGACAUUGUACGCCAACACAACCAUCUUCAUGACAUUCCAUGGCGACUUGGCUCUAUGUGAUUCCACCCUGGCCUUCAACAUCAGUUGGUACCUCCGUUCCUCGAUCUGCUACAAUGAGGUCUUUAAUACUCCAGACAACAAGGCACUGACUAUGUUUGGUCUGGAUCACAUGCUGAAGAAGGACUGGAGUGGCUUCUACAGCCAGGGAUACAUGUACUUCGACAACUGCUCAACUCUUUUACUACCCAAGGUGUACUACACAGACUUCAGCCCCUAUCAACCCCUCAUCAGCCCACAGAGCGAGGAAGGCAGGCCUUCCAAUCAGAGUGCUCCACAGGGGUGGCUGGAAAAGCCGGAUAUAGGUGCGGUGGCCAAGGCUUGGUCCGACAGCCCCUACCUGUUUAUAGUGAAGGUACAGCCGCAGCAGCGUGGAGAUGCCAGCGGUGGGCGCCCUGGAGCAGAGGAGGAGGAGCCUAAUGAUGUCCAGGGGAACUUGGCCUUUAUCAUGACCGUGGCGAUGAAGGGGCCUCGUGAAUACUCCUCCCCUGCAGACUGGCCUCUAAUGAUGUUCUACAUGGUGAUGUGUAUAGUGUAUGUGUUCUUCGGGGCGCUCUGGCUCUUCUGGUCGGCCUGUUACUGGAAAGAUCUGUUGAGGAUCCAGUUCUGGAUCGGAGGAGUGAUCAUCCUGGGCAUGCUGGAGAAGGCCGUCUUCUACUCUGAGUACCAGAGCAUCCGCUACAGAGGAGACUAUGUCCAAGGUGCUGUAAUCUUUGCCGAGUUGCUGUCUGCUCUGAAGAGAUCUCUGGCUCGCAUCCUGGUGCUCAUAGUCAGUCUGGGCUACGGCAUCGUCAAACCCAGGCUGGGCACCACAGUCCACCGGCUAGCAGCAGUAGGCCUGCUCUACCUGCUCUUCUCCUCCGUGGAGGGAGUGCUGCGCGUCACAGGAGGUUUCUAUGGGACCGUAGCCCUGGUGGCCAACCUGAGUCUCUCUCUCAUUGACUCCUGUGUGAUGUGGUGGAUCUUCAUAAGCUUGUCCCAGACCACUCGUCUUCUGAAGUUGCGUAGGAACGUGGUGAAGCUGUCUCUGUAUCAGCAUUUCACCAACACACUCAUCUUCUCUGUUCUGGCUUCUAUUAUCUUCAUCAUCUGGACGACCAAAGUGUUUAAGCUGGUUGACUGCCAGACGGGUUGGAGGGAUUUGUGGGUAGACGAUGCCUUCUGGCGCCUCCUCUUUUCCACCAUCCUCCUGGUCAUCAUGGUGUUGCUACGACCCUCCGCCAACAGCCAGAGGUUCUCCCAUUCCCCUCUGAUCGAUGAAGACGAUGAGGAGGAUGAAGCCAAGGAACCCAUGCUGAAUGAAGCCUUUGAGGGGAUGAAGAUGAGAGGCACCAAGGCUGAGACUAAUGGAUCCCAGUCACAGAAACUACUCAGUAAAGAGGAUGAAGACCUGAAAUGGGUUGAGGAGAACAUUCCCACGACUGUUGCUGAUGUAGCCCUCCCAGUAAUGCUUGAUGAAGAGGAGGAAAUUCUGAAAACCAAGAUGGAGAGAUCCAAAAUGGAAUGACCGAGUGGAGGGGUUUCACCGAGUGGAGGGGUUUCACCGAGUGGAGGGGUUUCACCGAGGCAGCCAUUGAUGUAGUCAAAUGAAGUGACCCAUCAGAUCCUAUAUUUAUAACACUUUUAUGUUCCUUCAUUUUGAGCACCGCCAUGCAGCCGCUAAUAAACUCUACGGCCCUGGUCAACAGUAGUGUACUACCCUAUGGGCCCUGGUCAACAGUAGUACACUACCCUAUGGGCCCUGGUCAACACUACCCUAUGGGCCCUGGUCAACACUACC